AUGAGUGAAAAUUCGGUUACCUCACAAACGACUGACAAGCCUUCUUCGGAAGUGAAAAUGGGGGACGAAGAUGAAGGCGUCAUUGAGAAAAUUGAUUACUAUGCAAACAAGGUGAAUGUAUUCUUCGCUAUGCAACCAGCCAUUGAAACGUUGAGUAAAUUAGUAACUGAAAAGAAGAAUGUCAUUAAAAUGAUUAAAGAGGCCGAAACAAAACGAAAAGAACAAAUAGAAAUUGAACAAACUAUUCAACAACAACUACAGGUAGUAAAACCUUCUUUAGAAAUUGCUUCGGAACCGAUGGAUAGAUUUGAUAUGGGUGGAUGGGAUGAUGUGUUCGAAUCUUCUCACAGCAAUUCUAACCAUUUCAAUCAUCACAAGCCGUCAGUUGUUGAGGUUGAUCAUGAUACGAUGAUGAUGGUAAAUCAUACACCAACUACAAAUCAAAAUAACACAACCAAGAAACCAACGGUGACGAUCAAGAAGAAAACUAAUACAAAUAAUUCUGCAAAAACAAAUACAUCCUCAUCUUCUGCAUCAUCACCACUACUGCAACCACCAUCUCCAUCAAUGUCUGCAUCUCCAUCAUCGGAAAGUGAUUCUUCAUCCUCUUCAAUUAAGCAAGGAAAGCGUAAAAAAUUGCGGACAACCAAAUCUAAGAUUACCUCAGAACUUACCUCUAAGGAACCUAAAGAAACACAAACUAAAAAGGACCGAGUGGAUCCACUUUUCACAAACAUACCUUCUUCAGACGAUGACCAGGAAGUUCCUACUGCUCCAAAUUCCAAUAUUGCAUUUAAACACACCAGAGGAAAGUAUGCCAAACCACCAUAUUAUUUUUAUUAUCCAUCAGAAGAUAAGAGUGAACAGAGAAAACAAAUUCUGUAUCCAUCAACACUCGUUAAAAACUCUUCAAUUCAAAAUGUUGAAACAGCACACAGACAAACAGAUAACCUUUGUUAUCAAGGAAUUCCCUUUUUGCCUGCACAGAGCUUAUAUUGUCCAAAGAAGGCAUCACCUGAUAAUGCCACAUCCUCUUCAAAUGUACUUUUAGACAGUGAUAGCGAAUUAUGUGCACUUCAAAUUGCAAGAAUAGACGCCACAAUUCCUGAAUUUCGAAUUCAAAGAUAUCUUAGAUACGUCGUUCAAGAUGACAUUGAAGCAUUUGAAAAAGAAUAUCAAUUUCACUUGACAUUACGGAGAAAUAAUGAAGGUGAAGACAUUCUCUUCUCGUCCUAUUACAAACCUUACCUAAAACGAAAGAAAUGUGAUAAAUUAUUAGAGAUGAGUAGCAAGGAGCUGAAAGAUUUGGGAUUACUCCAUGGCGAUUUGGUUCAUUGCCCUUUCACCCCGGCAGAAGUGAAGGUGAUCAAAUACUUAAAGAUCAAGAAAUGGUCAAGCAAAAAAAUUUCUAUAGUUUUAGAAAAUAGAUGUACAAGUGAUGUGAAAAAUUACCUCGAAGAUAUGGAAUCGAAUGAAGGACAACAUAGUGAAGCUCUCACUUAUUACGAGAAUCCAAUGCCCAUUGUUGCUCAAAAGUCUAUUUCAGAAUUAAUGGCUUCAAGAGGCAAGCAAGUUGGUAACUUGACGUUGAAUCAUCUCGAAAAAUUAUCCAAAAUGGAUAGAAAUUUUCCAAGCCAUACUCUAUUUAAUUUGAAUUUUCAAUAUCCGCUGGCUGGGCAUUUAGAUACAGUCACAGAUGUAAAGUUUGCAUCUAACUCUAUUGUGACGUCUUCCUUCGAUAAGACCAUUCGAGUAUUUAAUACAUCAGACGGAAAGAUUGAAAGAGUUAUUAAAAAAACAGAGACAACAGAUGGCCAUGAAGACGAAGUGAGUUUGUUAGCUAUACAUCCAGAAGAGGAACAUAUUGUGGCAUCCUGUUCUGAAAAAGAAAAAUCACUAAGGUUAUGGGAUAUUCGUAAUGGUAACAUGAUUGCUGAUUUGAUGUGUAGGGAAAAAGAAAGGAAUGAAAUUUCUGGAAUUGAAUUUUCAAGAGAUAAUACAUUAUACGCUAUGAGUAUACAUUCAUUGAAUGAUAAGAAAUGUGGAGACUUGCUCAUCUACGACCUGGCUACCUUCCAAAAUGUUUGCAAAAUUAGUACAAGAAAUAAUGGAAAUGAGAUAUUUGCACUUUCUCAUGGAGGUGACAGGGUUUCUAUUGGUGGUGAAAAUGGAUCUAUUCAUACUUAUAGCACUAAGGAUCGAAAAGUGAUUGGAAAUUUGCAUAAUCAAAGAUUUCAUAAUCGGGUUUCAUUUGUGAACUGGUCUGCAGAUGAUUUGUAUAUUGCAAGUUGUGGUUAUGAUGGAUUAGUUAGAGUCAUUGAUACUCGAAUAAUUUGGAGUUCAUUCACAAACAAGGUGCCACCCGCUGUCCAUGGUCUCAUCAGCAUGGCACAUGGCUUCUUGCAACCUGUGGAGAUAAUUAUGCCACGCAUGUGUACUCAAUUUCAAGUGGAGACCCUCUCCUAA